AUUUUUUCCCCCUUUCUUUUCUCUCUCUCUUUUUUUUUUUUCAUUUUUUUCCCUCCUCCUCCUCCUCCUCUUCCUCCCAGCCGCGGAGCCGGCCGCCAGCGUGAAGGAUAAAUAAAAAGCGAAGAGGAAGAGGCUGGGGAGGAGGAGGAGGAGGAGGAGGAGGAGGAGGGGGGGGGGGGGGCAAGAAGAAGAAGAAAGCGAGCAAGAAAAGAAAGCGAGGAGCCAGGCGGCCAGCCCAGCCGCGCCGCUCCCGGCAGCCAGGGCAGGAGGAGGCGGCGGCGGCGGAGCGGGGGCCGGGGGCCGGCGAUGGAUGACCAGCCGCGGCUGAUGCACACGCACAGCGGGGUGGGGAUGCCGGGGCACCCGGGCCUGUCCCAGCACAUGCAGGAUGGACCAGGCGGGGCGGAGGGGGAGGCAGGCAGGAAGCAGGACAUCGGAGACAUCUUACAGCAGAUCAUGACCAUCACGGACCAGAGUUUGGACGAAGCGCAGGCCAGGAAACACGCUUUAAACUGCCACAGGAUGAAGCCAGCCCUUUUUAAUGUCUUGUGUGAAAUCAAAGAAAAAACAGGCUCCUUCCAGUACUCCAUAUCUCUGGUAAACGUAGUGGGUCAGCAGGAGGUGACCAGAGUCAUGUCAAAACUCCAUACGCUGAUGCUGCAAAAUCUGAGGUACCUGUUGAGCAAAGUGCUGAGCAUUCGGGGAGCGCAGGAAGAGGAGCCCACGGACCCCCAGCUGAUGCGGUUAGACAACAUGCUCCUGGCCGAGGGGGUAGCAGGCCCUGAAAAAGGAGGUGGCUCGGCCGCCGCUGCCGCCGCCGCUGCAGCAUCAGGAGGAGCCGGCUCCGACAACUCGGUGGAGCACUCUGACUACAGAGCCAAACUCUCCCAGAUCCGGCAGAUCUACCACACAGAGCUGGAGAAGUACGAGCAGGCAUGCAACGAAUUCACCACCCACGUGAUGAACCUGCUGCGUGAGCAGAGCCGAACCCGACCUAUCUCGCCAAAGGAGAUAGAGCGGAUGGUGAGCAUCAUCCACCGCAAGUUCAGCUCCAUCCAGAUGCAGUUGAAGCAAAGCACGUGUGAAGCCGUCAUGAUCUUGCGCUCCCGAUUUCUGGACGCACGGCGGAAGAGACGAAACUUCAACAAGCAGGCUACGGAAAUCCUGAAUGAGUAUUUCUAUUCCCAUCUCAGCAACCCUUACCCCAGUGAGGAAGCCAAAGAAGAGCUAGCCAAGAAAUGUGGCAUCACAGUCUCACAGGUAUCAAACUGGUUUGGAAAUAAGAGAAUCCGGUACAAGAAGAACAUAGGUAAAUUUCAAGAGGAAGCCAAUAUUUAUGCUGCCAAAACGGCUGUCACGGCUACCAAUGUGUCAGCCCAUGGAAGCCAGGCUAACUCACCCUCAACUCCCAAUUCAGCUGGUAUCAGAGGAAUCGCACCCCAGAAGCACCCCCAGAUCUGGAGGAUUUGAAUGGAAAGUGGAGACCUAGGGGUCAAACAAGGGGAGAAACCAGUGGCAUGGGUCUCUGGCUGAUCUCCCAAACCAGCCUAUCCUCAGCGGGAAGGCAAAGGCAGUCUGUUACCCACAAGCUAACGUGGUGAGCGGUGAUUGAUCACUCAGUGCUGGGGAACUCGUCCAUACCUUGCAGGACUCGUGGAUGGCUUGCACAGAAGCAAGUGGUAGAAGGCUGAUUCAGUUGGUCAGUGGAGAGAAGUCCCUACACACAACCCCUUAAUUUCCAGGGGACGUGUUACUUGCUAGGGGGGUCUGUCCCAGAGCCACCUAGAGCAGAGAUGUUGCAGCUUUUGGUUGCAGGUCAGAAAUACUGGUGGGAGGUAUCUGUCCCACCUCCUCCUCCUCACCCAGGGCUGCCUGUGAGCGAGCUGUGCCACCUGCUCUGGCUCGGCUGAGGUGCUCAGAGGGCUCAGGUGGACACAGCAGAGUUUUGCAGGGACAGAUAGUUUGCAGGAAUUUUGUUUGAUUCUUUUCUUCUUGGUUUGUCAGGGUUUUUUUCCCUCUUCCUUCCAUUGUUUGAACUGCUGAAGAUUUAGCUGCCGUUUUAAAAAUGUCAUCCUUUUCAAACAGCUCAUUCAAAAUACCUGGUCAAGUGGGGUCUCUUGAUAUUAACACCCCCCUGUAGAAAAGGCUGGAGGGUGGAGAGCAGAACUAUGUGUGUUGAGGGAGAUGCCUACUGCCUGUGAUGCUGUCCUGCAGUCCACAUCAGCUUGGACCAAAGACACACAGCCUGCAUUCUUUUCUUCUGUCUUCAACUGAAGUCAGAUCCAAAGGUCUGGAAUAGCAAGGGAAGAGCUUCAGAUUGCUUAAGUGGAUUUGGAUCUGUCCUGCAUGUAGUGGAAUAGGCAUUUCCCCAGUGCCUGCCCAGUUAAAUAGUGCUCCUGUGCGAGGCUGUUUCUUCGCCUUCCCCACAGGCAGUAACACGGCCGUUUCAAAGAUAAAUUGGCCGGUACCCUGCAGUAAACAGCUAAGAUAAUCCCUGGAUAAUACUACACUUUCAAGGAAGGACAAACAGUCUUGUUACUAACGGGUACGACUUGAGCUCCUGGGUCCUCUUUCUGGCUCACUUGUCUGCACUCCAGAAACAUUGACCUCUUUUCAUGUGCCUAAUGUGGCAGCAGUGCUAAAGCAGCACAUCAGUGCGAGGGGAGCUUGUGGGCCGUGGAGAUCCUUCUUCUGCUAGAAGCAAAGUGUUUCUAACCUGGCCCAGAUCCCACUACCCUCCCUGUAUGCUGCAGCAGUGGCAGAGCAGUGGGGAGGCCCACUGUCGGCACUGCAGUAGUCUCCAGGUCAGCUUGCAGAGAUGGUAGGUUUGGAUGUCCUUGUAAGUCCUCUCCUGAGAAGACAGCUGGAAGGGCCUCAGGAUCUCCAACAGUGGAAUCCCAGGUUGAGAUCUCCCCAGCUGAACCAUGCGGACAUAACAGCUCAGUCAAGCAUCCCUGCAUUGUCACACUGUGGGGCAAAGACAUGUCCUGAGGACAUCUGGAGUUGUGUGACCUCCCCUGCUUCAGGUUGUCCUGUAGGUGCUAGCAGCAAGAAGCACACCUGUACACGCUAGGUCUAAAAUACCUGUCUGUGAAAGAUUUGGAGGAUGGUGUCAAGGGCCAUGAGCCAUCCAGAUGUGCUGAAUUGCCCUGGGAGGAACGUGGAAGUGGAUGAAUAGGUGUAGGACUAAGACGGAUGAUGCCUCUCCUCUUACACCAUGGACUUCUUUCUGUUUUCAGAUCAUUGGCUGAGACUUUGGUGAGGAAGGAGCCGGAAUAAAGAUAGGAUUUGCUGGGAAUUUGUAAGACCUUCUAGUUUAAAUACAUUGUAGGUCAUGUGGAAAGAAAGAGAGUAGGCAGAGGACAGGUCAUGAGAAAGAAGCAACCAGCAAUGUAGUCCCUGGAGGGCCAUGAUGUUGGAAGAGGAGGUGGAACUGGAUGUGAUGGGACCUGGGACAGGAGCUAAAUUCAUUUCUGCUGUGGCUACGCAGGCCCAUCUGUUCUCUGCAUUGAUGCCCAUGUUACCGGAGAUCGGUGAAUGGCUACAGUCAGUCAAAGAGAUUGGCCACACAUUGACAAGGGCAAGGAUUGCAUCUGUCUAGCCAUCUGGCACGUUCAAAGCAGGGUCCCCCAUCCUCAGUCACCCAGGCCUGAAUGUCAAACACCUUUUCAUCCUGAAUACGCACAGUUGGGCUUUAUCAGCCAGAUGUUCAAAUAAGCCGAGUUGUCUGACUCAUUUGGGCUAACAACUCCCCAUCCUCACUUUGAUUGCCUGGACAAUCUCAGCACAAAAACCACAUGGCAAAUGAAAGCUAUUUUAUGUGGGCAGACCCUUUCGCCAACCAGAGUCCUCAAGGGCCACACACAGGUGAUGACAUCCAGUGAAAUCUUCCAUGCAGAGCAGCCAAAAUUGUCCUGAACUGUUUUUUUCCUGCUCACCCUUUUGUUUUGUGAAAAUCUUCCAAAGCUGCUGAUGGAGGGGAUCGUGCUGUCUGGAAAUGCACUUCAUCAGGCACAGGCCUAAUUGCUGUAUUUUCUCUGCCUUCUGUCAUUUGUGGCAAUCACUUGUCCAGAGCACAGCACUGCAGCAGAGAGGCUGUUCCGGUGAUGGUCUCACUGUCUUACAUGUUGGUUGGCAAGUGAAAAAGGAAGAAUGUCCUGCUGGGUCAUCCCAGGCUUUUAGACCUGCUAUCAAACUCAGUGGCUUUGUCCAGCUGAGGAGCCACAUGUCCAUCCAGUUCUUCUCUCAUCUUUGGCCGUGGUGGAAACUCAAGGAAAAGUUACAGGCGGGGUAAAUUCUGUGCUCUCAAUGCGUAUAUGUCAUUGCCAUUGACUUCAGCUACGAGUCUUGUAUACAUGACCAAAGUCAGCUUCAGAUCCAGCGAUCUCUGUCUCAUUGGUGGUAGGUGAUAUGAGGAAGCAGAUGAGGGUGGCUUGAUUUCAGCUCCAAUGAACACCAUUACCAUGUCUGUUUAUUCUUGAUGCUGUUUGAAUUGUUGGAUACUGUAGAGAAAAGGACUUGAUAGAGGUCCUGGAAAAUUUGAGGUGGAAGUUGAAGCUGUCAAAACAUUAGAGAAGACAUUAGAGAAACCAUUGAAGAAGCUCUCUGAAGAGCUGGAGAAGUGGUGCGAGAAAUACCAGCAGUCAAGCUUGUGAAGAUUUUUGAGUUGGAGACAAACUUGAAGUGGGUUUUGCUCAUUAGCAAUGUUAGGGCUGGAAGAGAGCUCUUUGCAGGCAUUGUUUUGAUACAGGCUCUCACCCAAUGGCAAGAUCUGACUGCCAUAGCUUGUUUAAACAUUUCCAGCACUCUUUCUGAAGCUGGUGAUGACCUGAUUAUCUAAAUUCAGCACUAAGGAAUAGUGGUGAUAGGUCCUGGGUUUGAUAAGAUGUCUGGAUGCUGAAGAUGAACCACUGUUCUACACUGCUACAAGUCAUGAAAAGUGUUGGUUUUUCUCGUGGUCUUUUUUUGUCUACACAUGAUAGCAUCAAGGGACUUCCAUGCUAAGGUCAGAGCCCUUUCCUCCUGGGUUCACAAGCUCAAAGAUGUUUGUUACCUCUCAGUUCUUGAGGAGCCCCAGAUCAAAUUAUGACCACUGAAGACCUUUGGUGUGUUCACAGUGGAGCCUUCAGAGGGUCAGAUUAGACUUACGAUGGAGCCUCCUCUAGUGGAAGGAUUUGACCUGUAUUCCCAGAUCUUCGUGGAGGAUACCAGAGUCUUAAUUUUCAGAGCUCUUCACAUUCCUGCCCCCUCUCCCACCCCAGUGCAUCAACCCCUCUUAGCUGUGUCUCUGAGACUUUGGGCCAUCAUAAUUUUCCAUACGUGGCUAGUACAUAGACAGUGGAGUGCUGAAGCAGCAGAGCAGCAGCGCAAAGGGCUCUCUGCAAUUAUGGCUCUGAUACAAAUGCAUCCAUACAUGUGGAGCUAUUGGUAUGCGCAUAUUUAUCUUUGCAUCCACAUCAGCGGCAAGACAUAUUUACCGUUUAGAUAUGCACAUAUAUUGUAAAAAUACCCUGUGCCAAUAGCAGUGUAUAUCUUGUAAGUGACAUCUCCAGCACUCCUCAUGAUUUCCAAGACACUGGCGCUCUUCAGAACUAGAGUUUGUGGCUGUUUGUUUAUUUUUAUUUCCUCCCUCCCAGUCUCAAUUUUACGGCCAGGUUUGUUAAGUUUCAAUAAAAUAUCAGUUAAGUUUAUGGCA